AUGACCAAGUGCGACCAUCCUGCAUGGCUGGAAGUUCUGCAAGGCGAGGCAGGGCCAAUCCUCACUCAUGGCUGGCGGCUACCUCAGAUUAUCCAAGACUUUCCUAACCCUUCAAACCAAAAUCCCCAAAUAACUCUUUUUAUGGGUCGCCGUCUUAAAGAAAAGGCCUUGCGAAAACUCUGUGACAGUAACUACAAAGGACAGAGACGAAAGAGUGCCAUCAAUAUCAGAGCUGACAACCGCUCUUUGCAUUCCGCAAAGCCAAAACUGUUUGCUGACUGCGACCCGACAUCAAAAGGCCUAGAAAGAGCUUGCGUCGUUCCUCAAACCUGCCAUCAGGACCACACGCUCUCAUUUCGCUCCCUACCUUAUGAAGUUCAUGAUCUUGUCUUUUGUCGCUUGAUAUUUAUGUUUGUUGAUGUUAUCUGCAUCUUUGCGGAUGACUUAGGGGGGCUAGGUGCAGUGGAGGACAUGAUCCUGGAUUGGGGGCAUAUUAGCUCCGGAUCCUCGACAACCCCGGCUAUUCGUCCAAGAGUCAUUGUGGUGGUCAAUCAUGCUCAAAGUAUCACGCAUGAUAUCUUAGACGAGAAGAACUUCCUUUAUGAUCUCUACAUGAAAGAGCCUGCGCUUAGCCUCUCAUUUGCAGAUAUCCGAUUUAGCCGCUUACCAUCCGAUGAACUCAAAUCUGGUCGAUUCCUGUCUCUUGGUGCAGAUAUCACACGACAGCUACAUGAGGCUAGCUUCGCACGGGUGAAGGAGAAUGUUCUAUUCUCUGCAACACAUCUUUGCGAUUUAUUCAAGUCAGCCGCCGAAAGUCUGUGUCAAUCUCCGUCUGCAUUGACCGAAUUCAACUUCAUUGCCGCUGCCAGAGCUCAAAAUCCUUUGGAUGGCUCAUUCACGUCUCAUUUAAAAGAUUUCAUUAUUCUAGCCGGCAAGAGUAGACUUCCAUAUGAAGGAGUCUCGUCCCAUAUCGCAUCUGCUAUUCUAAUGGAUGCAUAUCCACCUGGAAUGCAUUGUGAGUACAGCUCCUUUUCUCCAAGUAAAACUUGA